CACUCCCUUGGGCCCAGGAUAAGCUUUGGAUGAAAGAAUGUAGGGAGAGACAUCUUUGCCUGGAGCUAAUCUUCUGGCUUCUCUGGCACUGUCCCACCUCUUUGGGCGCCUCAGUCUUAAGUUCCUGGUCUCUCACAAUUGCAGAAGGGGCCCCCAGAAGCAGAGAUGUUUUUGAGACUUUCUCAGAUUGCCUCGGGCCUGCACACCAUUUCUCCCCUUCCCAGUUCAAGUAUUGAGGAGGCAGAGGGCUGAUCUGGGGAGGUGGGAGCCUCUAGCCCAGGGCAGACUUCACCAUGGCCCUCCUGAUACACCUGCUGGUCUGCACCUUCGGGAUGGGCUCCUGGGUGGCCAUCAACGGGCUCUGGGUGGAGCUGCCCCUGCUGGUGACGGAACUGCCCGAGGGCUGGUACCUGCCCUCCUACCUUACUGUGGUCAUCCAGCUGGCCAACAUUGGCCCCCUCCUGGUCACCCUGCUCCAUCAUUUCCAACCAGGCUGCCUAUCUGAGGUGCCGAUCAUCUUCGCCGUGCUGGGUGUGGGCAUCAUCGCCUGUGCCCUCUUCGCCUUCCUUUGGAACGUCACCUCAUGGGUGCUAGGAAAUCAGCACAGUAUCGUCUUCUUGGUCCUCACCUUCUUCCUGGCCCUGGUGGACUGUACCUCCUCCGUCACCUUCCUGCCCUUCAUGAGCCGGCUGUCCAACCACUACCUCAUCACCUUCUUUGUGGGAGAAGGGCUCAGCGGCCUCCUGCCCGCCCUGGUGGCACUGGCCCAGGGCUCAGGUCUCACCACCUGUGUCAAUGUCACUGAGCCAUCAAACAGCACCUCAAGCCCUGAAGCCACCAGGAAGACCAACACCUUGCAGGGAGUGAACAACACUUUCGAGCCUGCCCUCUUGGGGACGCUGCCCGCCAUGGAAAGCCGCUACCUCCCUGCCAACUUCUCGCCCACCGUCUUCUUCCUGCUGCUCGCGGCCAUGAUGGUCUGCUGCCUCCUCGCCUUCUUUUUCCUCCAACGCCAACCCAGACACUGGGAAACCUCCAUAGAGGACCUGCUCACCUCCCAGGUCACCCUCCACUCCAUCCGGCCACGGGCAGAGAGCGACCUGGGGCUCCCCACCAUGGCCAACAGCAGCGAGGGCCUGGGGCGCCUAGCAGAGAAGACAUCCCCCCACCACCCAGCCCACCUCACCUUCAUCUAUGGCCUGGUGGCCUUCGUGAAUGCGCUCACCAACGGCGUGCUGCCCUCUGUGCAGACCUACUCCUGCCUGUCCUAUGGGCCUGUGGCCUACCACCUGUCCGCCACCCUCAGCUCCAUGACCAGCCCUCUUGUCUGCUUCCUCUCCAUGUUCCUACCUAACAGGUCUCUGACAUUCCUGAGUGUCCUCACAGUACUCGGGACCGGCUUUGGGGCCUACAACAUGGCCAUGGCGGUGAUGAGCCCCUGCCCUCUCUUGCAGGGACACUGGGGCGGAGAAGUCCUCAUUGUGGCCUCCUGGGUGCUGUUCACUGGGUGUAUGAGCUACGUCAAGGUGAUGCUGGGCAUGAUCCUGCGCGACCGGAGCCGUAGCGCCCUCUUGUGGUGCGGGGCGGCGGUGCAGCUGGGCUCCUUGCUAGGAGCGCUGCUCAUGUUCCCGCUGGUCAACGUGUUGAGGCUCUUCUCCUCGGCUGACUUCUGCAACCUGCAGUGCUCUGCCUAAGCCAACUGCAGGGGUGGGGUCCGUUAGAGGACCCUGCCCUCGCCCCCCUUACCAAAUCCUGGAAGCUGGGACCGAAGAAGCAAGGCCUGGGCUCAACGUGCUGGGAAUCUGGAGACUGAGCCUGAGUACUUGAACCUUCAACACAAACGCCCCUCAGCAACAGUGGGGAAUGUACCGCUUCCCCCGCAGGGGACCUGCAAAUGCAAAGCAAAGCCCACGAUGCCUGCACUCCUACCAUUUCAGAUCGCCCCUCUUUCGACUCUUGAGAAGGAACUGACUGGCAGCGUCCAGCAGAGGCAGGCCCCGUGUGUCAGAGGGGAGUGUGAGCUCACCCCUGCAAGAAGUGGUGUGACCUUGGGAAAGUCACCUGAUUUCUCUGGGUCUCAGUUUCCUCCUCUAUAACAUGGGGAUUAAAAUAAAUAGUGCCUACCUCCUACGCUUGGCACAGUGGUGAAAGGGAGAGGCACCCAGAGGUAACCAGUAAGGGUCAUUUCCUAACCUGACAGCCAACAAAAAUAACAAGAGUGACGAUGAUCAACACAACCUGGAAGUGAGAGGGGCUGGAAGACGCCCCGCCUCUGUGCCCUUCUCGCUACCCUCAGGGAGGAGCUGCUGGAAGACAGGGGGCUAAGGGUGGAACCUCAGUGCCAUCAUGGAGGCCGCUGUGCCCACACCCGUUCCUCACAUCCCACUUGACCCCAAGACCUGUUCCUUGGAGAGUGCGUGAACUCCUGGGAGGCAGAGAGAAAUGACUGCUGGUUCUGGAAGUGAGUCCAUCCCCUCACCCCAC